AAAACGGAAAACCUUAGGGGCAAAAUAGUAUUUUUAGAGCCUUCGAUCGGGGAGGUCGUAUUUCAUUUGAAAGCAUAACGAGAAGAAACUCGAUUCAAAAUCGUAAAACGAAAGAAACAAUUCGUAUGUGAAAUUUGAUUUAUAAAUAUCUAUAUCCGAUCAAAGGAAUAAAUCUCCAGUGAUAAUCCGUCAAAUUACUUCCACAUCCAUUGAUUUCUUCCUUUAUUGGCCAAUUCGUGAAUGGAAGCGAUCAGGAAACAAGCAACGAAGCUCCGGGAACAGGUUGCCAGACAACAACAGGCGGUUUUCAAGCAGUUUGGUGGUGGAGGUUAUGGUGGUUCAGAUAAUGUUGUAACAGAUGAAGCAGAACUCAUGCUUCACCAGAAACUUGAAAGACUUUACAUAUCCACACGUGCUGCUAAGCAUUUUCAAAGAGACAUUGUUCGUGGUGUUGAAGGAUACAUAGCAACGAGUUCCAAACAAGUUGAAAUAGGCAAUAAAUUAUCAGAAGAUAGCAGAAAAUAUGGUAUUGAGAAUACAUGCACUAGUGGUAAUACACUAUCAAGAGCUGCAGUCAACUUUUCACGAGCCCGUGCACAAAUGGAAAAGGAACGAGAAAAUCUACUCAAAUCUUUUGGGACCCAGGUUGCAGAGCCAUUAAGAGCAAUGGUAAUGGGAGCUCCUCUUGAAGAUGCUCGACAUCUUGCUCAACGUUAUGACAGAAUGAGACAAGAGGCUGAAGCACAGGUGAUUGAAGUAUCAAAACGACAAACAAAAGUGAUGGAAGGAACUGGGAAUCCAGAAGUAUUUGCAAGACUUGAAGCAGCCGAAUCAAAAUUACAAGAUUUGAAGUCCAACAUGUCAAUAUUGGGAAAGGAAGCUGCAUCAGCAAUGGCUGCAGUUGAAGCUCAGCAACAAAAUAUGACACUACAGAGGCUCAUUUCCAUGAUUGAAUCGGAGCGUGCUUAUCAUGAGAAGGUUAUUCAGAUUCUUGAUCAUCUUGAAGGAGAGAUGGUAUCACAGCGCCAACGAAUUGAAGCAGCUCCUCCUCCAAAAAUGGAAACACCUCCUCCUCCUCCUUCACCUCCAUCAUAUGAAGAAAUCAAUAACAACACAUCUCCUUCUCCAAUGCAAAAUGGUUCAAAUGAAGGGGGGAAUUACUUUUUAGGAGAGGCAAUGUUCUCGUAUGAUGCAGAGUCUGAUGUGGAGCUCAAUUUAUCAUCGGGUGACUAUGUCGUUAUCAGAAAGGUGUCAAACAAUGGUUGGGCUGAAGGUGAAUGCAAAGGGAAAGCAGGUUGGUUUCCUGUUGAAUUUGUAGAAAGACGAGAACGUGUUCUUGCAAGCAAGAGCUAUUAUAGCUCCUGCCCUGUAUCUCCUUUGCCUUAUAUCUCCUUUUCUCCUCUCAUCAUGAUGAGCGACAAAGAAAACGCCAAUAAGGCAAACCCACUUCAUCCUGUGUAUACAGUCACCAACAUCCAAAAGAGGGUCAGAAUCCUUGAUGAACCUCUAGUGAAAACCGUCCCAAAGUAUGAGGCAUGGGUUGAAACUGAUUCCAUAGUCCUCCCGUGGAUAUACGACACUUUCUGUGAAGAUCUCUUGUCUCGAGCGGCUGCUCCUGAGCAUGAAUUCACAAACCUAACCCUAAAAUCCAUGCCUUCUCUUGAAGCUUAUUGUCAACGCCUCAAGGAACUUUCUAUUAAAUUGAGUGAUGUUGAAAGUCCGGUCAGCCAAAAUCGACUUGUGUUACAACUGGUACAAGGUCUACCAAGUGAAUUUGGCACCACCGUCUCUUGCAGGAUUAAUGAUUAUAGGUAUUGGGAGAAUGCCGAAUUCAAGGCCUUUGGAUUAGACCUGGCUUUACGGCAUGAAAAUCCGACACGAAAUUAG